GACUCUCUGCGUCUCUUCUUUUGUGCUCAGUGACACAGAGAUGGCGGGUAUGAGGAUCACGAACCUGCAGAGCUCCAGCAAGCCGUCGCAGGGAGCCGUGCACAUGCGCAUCAAGACCUCCCAGGCCUCCGGAGACCGCCUGAGCCAGUCCAAGUCCAUGGUGCUGCAGGACUCUGACCUCCCUCAGAAACCUAUCUCGCGGCAUCGCAGGAAUCAGUCUCAGCACGACGUCGGAGGAAGACUGGCUGUGUUUGAACCAUCAGUGGAGUUGAAAGGUGAGAACCUGAACAUGGCUAAGAUCUCAGACGGCGGUAAGAAGCAGAGGAAGAACUGGACUUUGUUCUGGACGGUUCUGACCUCAGACCAGCUGCUGUUCUAUAAAGACAAACAACAAGAAAGUUCUCAGAAAGCCGGCAGUAAGACAGAUGUGCUGCAGCUGUGUGGAGCUCUGAUCGACUGGACCACGGAGAAGUCCAGCAGGAAGAACGUCUUCCAGAUCACGACCAGCACAGGAAGUGAGUAUCUGCUGCAGGCCGACAGUCAGCCCACCGCCACCAAAUGGUACGACGCCAUCAGAACCGCCAUCGCCUCCUCAACGAAAGCAGACGGAGGUUUUUCUCUGCGGAGGUCAAACAGCACUGAGUUCCUGCCCAGACACAGCUCACUACCCGGACACGGCGCCGCCUCCCCGAACACCAAGCUCCGCAACCCGGUCCACAGACGCUCCAUCAACAUGUUCAGCAGCUCGAAGCUGAAGCACAGCGCGUCUGACAGCGCCGACAAGAACGGAGUAAAGAACAGACUGAAGAAGUUCAUCAUCAGACGUCCGUCCAUGAAGACCCUGCAGGAGAAAGGCCUCAUUAAAGAUCGAGUGUUCGGCUGCCACCUGCUGACCCUCUGUGAGAGGGAAGGAACCACGGUGCCAAAGUUUGUUAAGCUCUGUUUGGAGGCUGUCGACAAGCGAGGUUUGGACGCUGAUGGGAUUUACAGAGUCAGUGGGAAUCUGGCAACAAUCCAGAAACUUCGCUUCAUCAUAGAUCAAGAGGAGGACCUGGACCUGGACCACAGUCAGUGGGAGGACAUCCACGUCAUCACCGGAGCCCUCAAGAUGUUUUUCCGUGAGCUGCCGGAGCCGCUGUUCCCCUUCAAGUCCUUCCAGUUGUUUGUGGAGGCAGUCAAAAUCAAAGAUCAGAAGCAGAAAGUUCAGGCUGUGAAGGAUUUGAUCCAGAAGCUUCCCAAACCGAACCACGACACCAUGAAGCUGCUGUUCAGCCACCUGCAAAGAGUUCUGGCCUACUCCAGGAAGAACCUGAUGUCCACUCAGGGCAUCGGCAUCGUGUUCGGUCCCACGCUGAUGUGGCCGGAGCUGGACGGGGGCAACAUGGCCUUCAACAUGGUCUACCAGAACCAGAUCAUCGAGUUCAUCCUCAUUGAGAGUCGAGAGAUCUUCAACCUGGACAGGAAGUAACCACCUGGACAGGAAGUAACCACCUGGACAGGAAGUAACCACCUGGACAGGAAAUAACAUCCUGGACAGGAAGUAACAACCUGGACAGGAAGUAACGACCUGGACAGGAAGUAACGACCUGGACAGGAAGUAACAACCUGGACAGGAAGUAACAACCUGACGAUCACCUGACAGACUGUUGUUAUUUAAAUAUGAAAGAUAAAAAAGUCCUUUAAGAUUUUAUUGUUUUAACAGAAGCAGCACCUGUAAUAAUAUCAUAUAUAAUAUACAUAUAUAAUUAUUAUAAUAAUAAUAAAUAUAGAAAUAGUUUCUGAUGAAGUUGAAGACGGUUCUUUUUUUAAUUGACGAGUUAAUGAGUUUAAAGUAAAUUACAUUUGUUAGAUUUCAUUUUAAAAUAACAGGAUUCUGGUUUAAACAACUAAAUAUUAAUAUGCAG